AUGAUGGGUGAGAACGCUGCACCAGGUCUCCUUAGACUCCAGUGGGACCAGGAGGCCUCGCGCGAAGGCCUUCCCGCCUCGCCCACCCACUCCGAUUGGGACUGUGGAGGAGGCGGAUGGGAGGAGGGUUCGCGGAUCCGCGUCGCCCUGCUGGGUGUCGCAGCUCCUUCUUCGGCAGUCCCGGGUGUGAGAGGAGCGACCGGCCUGAGUCUGAUCUCAGAGCUGAAGCUGGCUGUGCCGGGCCACAUCGCAGCCAAAGCCUGGGGCUCGCCUGCAGGGCCUCCAGUUCUCUGCCUGCACGGCUGGCUGGACAAUGCCAACUCCUUCGACAGACUCAUCCCUCUUCUCCCGCAAGACUUUUAUUAUGUUGCCAUGGAUUUUGGAGGUCAUGGGCUCGGGUCCCAUUACAGCCCAGGUGUCCCAUAUUACCACCAGACUUUUGUGAGUGACAUCCGAAGAGUUGUGGCAGCCUUGAAAUGGAAUCACCUCCAGCUCCUGGGCCACAGCUUCGGCAACUGCUGCAAGGGACACAGAGAUGAGGGAAAUGUGGCUCCUUUGAGUGGUGGCAUUGUGGGCGGAAUGGAAGUGGAGAACUUGCUGACCUACAAGCGGAGAGCCAUAGAGCACAUGCUGCAGGUAGAGGCCUCCCAGGAGCCCUCGAGCGUGUUGCCUUGUAGCUUUCAGUGCUGCUGCAGAGCACGGCAGCAUCCUUCUGUCUCCAGGUUACUGAAGAGCAAUAGCCAGUUGAAUGAGGAGUGCGGGGAGCUCCUCCUGCAAAGAGGAACCACGAAGGUGGCCGCAGGUCUGGUUCUGAACAGAGACCAGAGGCUAUCCUGGCCUGAGAACAGUGUUGACUUAGUCAGCAGGGAGCUGUAUGCGCAUUCCAUCAGGAAGCUGCAGGCCCACGUCCUGUUCAUCAAAGCAGUCCACGGAUAUUUUGAUGUGAGAAGAGAGAGUUACUCUGACAAGGAGUCCCUGUCGUUCAUGAUACACACGCUGAAGUCCACCCUCAAAAGAGGUAGGCGGGCUCAGGCAGCUGGUGUCCGGCCACUGCUCACCCACUCUGGUCCCACCUCACCCAUCUCUUCUCGUGCACUGGGAAGACCCCUGGUCUGGCCCCAGGUCCAACAAGUGACCACCAGGAUCUCUCAGGCCUCACGCUCCACUGUGGUCAGUCCCUAGAGGCCUGGGGACACAUGUCAUCAGAA